GUCUUUUCUGUUUCAGAAGAAAUAUGCCCAAUCCCUAUGGACACGACUUUCGUUAUUGACUCGUCUCUGUGUGAUAGUGAGAGCAAUUGGAAUCGCUUGUUGUACUUUGUGCAAACUUUGGUCAACUAUUUUAAUGUGUCACCGUCAGGAGGUCGUGUUGCGUUUGUUCCUUACGGUACUAAUGCUAGUGUAGUUCUGAAGUUUAACUCAUUAAGCGGAAUUAAUCUUAAUGGAGCAGAAGUCAAGAAACGACUUGAUGGCUUAAGAUGCCAGGGUGGUUUUAGACGAAUCGACAAAGCAUUGGAUCUUGUAGACAGGGAGGUGCUGACACCCGCUGGUGGACUGAGAGACAUUUCAAGGGUAAGUUGGAGAAGGAAGAAUAACCGCACAAAUUGACCAAUAACACGCUAGGCACCUGGUGGAUCAAAAGACUGACUUUGUGUUUUUCUAUUGUUUGUCUGCAGCCCGUAUUUGUGAUCACGACUGGAAAGCAAACAGCGGACCAGGGCGUAUACCUACCUCUGGAUAUAGCCUCCUCUCGCCUUCAGAGUAAAGGAGCGGCCGUGUUUGUGUUGGGUAUAGGAGAGGACGUGGACACCUCAGAACUGAACGAAAUUGCUUCUAGCCCUGACAACGUUUUUAGAGUGGAUUCUUUUGAGGACUUGGACGAAAGGGUACCAACGAUAAGAAGAGGAAUAUGCAAAUUAGGUAAAACUUUGUUAGAAAAGGGUUUCUUUUUUGCUUUUGUUUUUGUAUCUCGGCAUACAUGUAGUAAGCUGUACGGUAAGGUGUUAAAUAGCUAUUAAAGUUUUGUUGGACAUGAAUACUGAUAUAAUUAAAGUUCUUGUUAUUUUAUUAUGUGUGAUUUUUUAAGUUUGAGUUGUUUUUAAGAUGAAGUUUUUUAAGUGCUUUACCCGCGCACAGCAGAGGGAGGAGGUAAGAGGAAAAUCUAUGCGGGUAUAUUUUACCUUUUAGUUUGAUUAGAUGUUUUUUUGAAUAGAUUAUUCUUAUGCUAAUGAACGUUUUUUGUUCUAUUUUCGCGCAGUGCCAACUUCCUCUACACCAACACCAACACCAACUCCUACAGUGGGACGUAAGUGUAUGUUGUAUAGUAACAUGGUUGUCUCGAUACACUUUCCCGAAGAGUUUUUUGUUAUGGAUGGAUUUUGAAAGACAUAUUCAAAGAAACCACCCGAAACGAAAAGAGAAAACAUAAAAAUUAAUGUUAAUUGGCAUUUCGACAAGUUCGGGUAGACGAGAUUGCUCUCUGGAUUCACAAUCUUUUCUGGAUUUCUCACUACAUUAAGGUUAUUCGGCGCAGUCUUUUAAACACAGCAGUUAACUAGGCAACAUUCAUUUGGAUGCAAAGUGUUUCUUCAGAUAUUCAAAAUCUUCGGCUGACGCGUGACUAAAUUUAUUUAUUCAUCUGUGUGUAAACGACAAAACAAAUUCGUUACCAAAAUGCCCCGGAUUCGUCAUGAACGAGGAAAAUUCUCCUGUGGUGCAAAUGAAGCCUUUAUGUAAUCAUUGUCAAAUGCGAAGGAAAUUAACGUACCGAUAUAUGGAGAGGAUCUGCGAAAAAAUGCUGGUGAGUUAGAUUCAAGCGUCAAAAUGUUUGAAAUUGACAAUUAAGUAGAACGCUUCACACGGAUGGAGCCGGCUUGAGUGUUUUAGUGUCGGUCGCAACCUUCCUAAGGCAUUUCUUAAGACUUUUAACGUUCUGAUGAAAAUUCUUGAAUUUUGUUGGUCAAUUUACUUUACGUGUAUGUUCAAAUUUUUUUGGAUUUUCCAAUGGUGACAUGAGGCCAUACGUCAUGUUACGUUUUAAUGGUUAAUUUUGCUUUUUAGAUGUGUCGUAAGUCACUCUUUUGAGAGAAUAUCGUUUUAGGAAAAAAAAAAACAUUCAAGGGAGGCUGCGUGGCCGAGCGGUUCGAACGCCAGACUUGUAAUCCAGAGGCCUCGAGUUCUAGUUCCGCCCCGACUGGUAGCUGGAUUUGUUCUCGGUAGUCUCUAGUUCACAAUCCUCGGCCACUCUUGUAAAAUAGGCAGUUGGUUCGCCUCCUACCAGUUGGGAUUCUCACUUUGUUAUGUUUGAUGUGAAUUAUUUGUUUUAUCACCCCUGAAAGGCCCCUAAAGGGGAGAGGAUAAUUAAGUAUUUGUUCAAUUUUUAUUUUAACCUAAUUGUGCGUCCUGGUUGUGUAUUCUUGAUUUGCAACCACGCGACAUAGUGGCCAUGUUGGUGGUCAAUGCGAUAGAAAUCAUUUCAAAGAAUUUACAUGUAAAUGGAGUUUAGUUCCCAGAGGAUAAAAAUUAUUUUGUUCUUGACCACCAACAUGGCUGCCAUGACGUCACGUGCAAACCAGUAAUUAAAUAGGCCAUUUGCGCGAUGGCGUCAUUUUACUACUACGAUUAGAAUCCUUUUCGUUUUUGCUUUCAUAUUCAAAUUUGGUAAUCCCAGUGAGGUUUGAAAAACGAAAGCCUUAAUUUGCACAAGAAAGCAAACCCCUGAAGGAUUCUGGUCGUACUAGUAAAAUGACGUCAUCGUGCAAGGUUUAUUCUUCCUUCUACAGCAUCGCGAAUAACAUAAAGAAAUCGAAAUUACACACGGAGACCGUUUCAAUAAUUUCAUUGUGACGUUACGUUCAUAAUUUCAUGUAACGUAUCCGUAUCAUUCAUGCUUUCUCAACGAGUAGUAUGUCUAAACCGAAAGAGAUUUUAAAAAGUGGUAAAUUUUUGUCAUUAAGAAAAUCGGUGUUAUUUUUUUAUUGUUAGCGUGUAAGGUAUCGGCAGAUGUGGCCUUUAUUGUGGAUUCAUCAGGAAGUAUUGGUCGUAGAAAAUGGCCUCUGGUGUUGGACUUCUUAAAAAAGGUCAUUAGCGAGUUCAAUGUUGGACCCGAUGGCACACAUGUGGCGGUAGUUGCCUACAGUACAAACGCGAAGCUCGAGUUCCCUUUCAAUGUCGUAUCUGGAGACCAAAUUACUGCAGAGGAAUAUGGGAAUCGUAUCGACAGGAUCAGAUUCCAGAGAGGCUAUACGUAUAUCGAUAAGGCUUUGAAAUUGGCUAACGAACAAGUGUUUGUCACAAGUGCUGGGAUGAGGUCCGAUGUACCGAAGGUAUACACGCCUACAUUUGCUUCAGUUUUUCUUUUAAUGAACGCGGAUAGCUCUCAAGAAGCUAGAGAUGCUCUCGGCGAACUAAGCAAUAAACUAUGCAUAAGCAAUUCUUACAAGUUGCAUAGUUGCCAUCGACUAUUUUUCUUGCAAGUUCUUUCUUCUGAUAAAAAAAAUAAUACUUUGGGUUGUCAUGUUUUCCUCUACUUCACUGCUUAUAAUUGUACGUAGUUGCAGUACCAUUUGCCAUGUUUGUUAUCAGUUCUAUGUCCAGUUAACGGUAGGUGUUAUUUGUAUAAUCUCAACAGAUUGCUAUUGUACUUACCGAUGGUGCACAAACCACGACUGGCGGAUAUACACCACUGAACGAGGCCUCUCAGGGCAUUAAAGACAAGGGAAUUGCCGUGUAUUCUUUGGGCAUUGGUAAAAAUGUAGACUCUGUGCAGCUGCGGCAAAUUGCUAGUUCCGAUAGUAACGUCUUUAGGUCUGCUGGAUUCGAUGAGCUCGUUGAGUUGGUAAGACCAAUUGUACAAGAGUCUUGUCCAAAGCCAACACCUCCUCCUACCCCUGGUAAGUGGUUUUGACUUCUUGUUCGCUAUAUAACGUUUUUCAAAACUGAGAUGUGCUGCAAGUUGGUUGUAAUUAUAGCAAGUGUUUAGAUCAAUGAGAUAGCCUGUUAUAUUGUCUUUUGAUGCUCGCGAAUUGUGUUAGAGGGUAUAAAAACAAACAUGAAUGGUCCGACAUUCCAGGUCGUGCUAGUAGUAGAACACUCAAAGGAUUUCUUUUAAAGGAAGGAUUCUGGCAAAUUUCAGAAAGCAAUGAAUUAGAUUCACAGGAUAAAUGGACGAAGAAAAACUGCUAGUGGGAUCUUCACAACUGCUUUUUACUGGAAACAUUUUAAACUACAUGUAUCGCAUUUUAUAGAAAUCUUCUUUCUAUUCACCAGGAGCAAUAUGUCCAAUCCCUAUGGACACCACCUUCAUUAUCGACUCAUCUUUAUGCGACAGCGACAGUGAUUGGAAUCGUUUACUGUACUUCAUCCAAGCUUUAGUUACACAUUUUAAUGUGUCACCAUCUGGCGGACGAAUUGCUCUUAUCCCUUUUAGUACUGGUGCCAAGGCGGCUCUUAAGUUUAAUACAUUAACGGGAAGCCUACUCAAUGGAGAGGAAGUCAACAAGAGGGUUGGCAAGCUAGAGUGUCAGGGAGGGUCUAGACGAAUUGAUAAAGCCCUGGACUUGGCAGGCAAUGAGGUUUUGAUCCCUACUGCUGGAAUGAGGGAUGUCUCAAGGGUAAGUGACUUGUUGAUUGAUCAUUGUUUUAAAGGGCACUUUUCUUCAGUCGGAACUGGCCUGCCUGACCUGAUGGGUCCGUAAAACGAAUUCCACUGUUUACCAAACCUGGUAUGCCAGAUUAGUCUAACACAUAGAUUUUGCCUAGGCCAAAAGCGAAGCUCUCAAUCGAUCUGUUAUGAAGUGACUUUCUUAGGCAAUUCAACUUUUGCCGUAAGCAGAAAACGAACUAAAUUCUACUUAAAAGGUGGGCCUUUACCCGUGAUCAAUGACGUUAAAUACGUCACCUGCAUAGUAAGUCCUAUAACUCAGCCCGCGAUACAGUCAUGUGACACUGGUCAGCGAAUACCCUUUUUGACAGCUGUCAAUUGACCAUAACGUGGAUGUCCAAUACCUAGUUUAAAACACAGAUGGUAUAUGCCUUGGACUUUAGCGAGUGUGACAUUUCAUAUCCGCUAACAUGUGGGGGUGGACGGACGGACGGACGGACGGACGAUUUUGUCAUUUCUUGGAUGCAUAAAUAACCAAAUUUUCUGACCAAUCUUGUUCCUGGUGUUCCGCCAUUAAUACGUUCUAUGCGUAACAGUGUUGUUGUUGUUCAUCUUUAAGCGAAACGCUAAAAAAGAACCUAUUUUAAAAUUCAAAGGCUAGUCUAACCGACCAAGGGUGUUACAUCGAUAGUGCUUUCAGUUAUUGGUUUUGUUUUUGCAGCCUGUCCUUGUUAUUCUGGCUGGAAAGCAGACGACAGACAAAGGAGCAUACACGCCUCUUGAUGAAGCUUCCUAUCGCCUAAAAAGUAAAGGAGCCCCUGUGUUUGUCUUGGGUAUAGGAAAAGACGUGGACACCACAGAACUUAACCAAAUUGCGUCUGGGCCUGAUAACGUAUUUAGAGUGGACUCUUUUAAGGACCUGUAUGACAAAGCUCCUCAAGCAAAGACAGGCAUCUGUGUGCUAGGUAUUGUGUUCUUCCGCUUUUUUAAAUUUUAUUUGCUACACGAUAAUAGAAAUUACAAAUAAUAUAGGAAAAGAAAAAAAGGAAGUGGCGAGGAGAUCUAACAGAAACUGUAGGAGCUUACAAGAUUUUAGGCCUCUUCGUACUACGGGUUAGAGCUGUUUAUUUGCCACACAAUAACAGAAAUUGCAAAUGAUAUAGGAAAAGUAGAAAAAACGGAAGUGGCGAGGAGAUCUAACAGAAACUUUAGGAGCCUAUGAGAGGUUAGGCCUAUUCGUAAUACGGGUUAGAGCAGUUUAACAUCAAUUCAAGAAAAGAUGGCGAAGGAGCUUACGAGAUUUUAGGCCUCUUCCUACUACGGGUUAGAGCUGUUUAUUUGCCACACAAUAACAGAAAUUGCAAAUGAUAUAGGAAAAGUAGAAAAACGGAAGUGGCGAGGAGAUCUAACAGAAACUUUAGGAGCCUAUGAGAGGUUAGGCCUAUUCGUACUACGGGUUAGAGCUGUUUAACAUCAAUUCAAGAAAAGAUGGCGAAAAGCCGAAGAUUUAUGAAAGAUUUCCCCCCCGCCCCCUCCGCGUGUACUUACCAGCCCUGUGGAUCACGCUUUUGCUCAUAAAACCCCUCUGACUCUACAGUUUUUCCCCUUGCCUUGUAAUGGUCCUAAACUGCUGCACUUUGUACUGUGCUUAAGCAAUUGAUGAAUGGUAAUCGUUAAUUGGGUUUUUGUCUUUUUAACAGUGCCUCCUACCACACCAGUGCCAACAGGUGAGUGAUUAUAACUUUUGUUUCUUUACUCUCUAUUUUUUUUUGCUGAAGACCAACUUCUGUACGAUGCGCGAGCUGUAAAAGCAAUAAGUUGAAUCCAAAUCGGUCUGUAAUCAUUUGUAGUGAUUAGACAAAUCGGACAACUGUGAUUUGUUUGACUACGGGUAAGAUAAUACACACCGAGUAGACCUUUCUACGGAUUUUCCAAGUUUUGUUUAAAAGCGAAUACUUAUCCAUUCACACUGCUGGAACGAGAGCUUUACAGUUAAGAAACUUACCAAGCUUAGAGGUGACACGUUUAAAGGGAGCGUUCAAUCCUGUCCUUUUUACUGGUCCCGAUCGACAGUUAUAAAAACCAUGAAAGGGUCUGUUGGGUGACACCAAGUUCUGUUACCAAGUAUUUAUAACCUAGCUCAUUGUCUCUUUACACAACCUAAACAAAACUGUGAUUACAAGCUCUGCCGAGAGUUUUUGGCUGUAGAUUGUAAAAAAGCACCCACGCGCACGCGUUAUGGAUUUACUCUCCAAUUACUUUGGCGUGACGAGUACUGUCCCAUUACGCAGAAUUGUUAUGGUCAUGAUAAAUAUUAACUUCAAGGCUGCCGCUAGUACUGAAAACAAAUCCAGAUAUAGCGAGGAGAAUCCAGGAAAACCACUGAAUUAUAGAAGUGGGUCCUGCUUAUCAACGUGAUUGUCGCUACCCCCUCACUUUUUUCUGAUUGUAUAUUUCCUAUCUCAAUCUCUCUCUUUCUUGUCGUCUACAGAAUUCGUUUGUAAAGCUGUGGCAGACGUCGCAUUCAUUGUAGAUUCCUCUGGAAGUAUUGGCAGAAGAAACUGGGUGAAAAUGCUCCAGUUCCUUAAAGACAUGGUGAAAGCUUUUAAUGUUGGUCCCCAAAAGACUCAUAUCGCUGUGGUCGCUUACAGCACGAAUGCCAAUGUCGAGUUCAGAUUUAACAGGCUCACGGGAUCCGCAGUAUCAGAGGAAGGUUACAACGGACUAAUCGGCAGGAUUAGGUUUCAGAGAGGCUUUACCUUUAUCGAUAAAGCACUCAAGCUAGCCAAUGAACAAAUAUUUUCCACCAAUUUUGGAAUGAGGCCUGCUUUGCCACAGGUAUGAAAAGUGUAUGCCACACGCACUUUUUCCUUUUAUAUCGUCUGGAAAGGGAAAACGGUACAUGUGGUUAUGUGGUACAAUUUGAGGUUCGACCAAAAUACGUAUUAGACCUAAUUAUCGGUUGGGUUUCUUGUCUCAGUAGUUGUCUUUGUGCAGUUAAGUAGCAAGUACUAAUUCCUCAUUUCUUUCAACAUUGAUUUUAAUUCCAAAUCUAAUUCUAAUCGUAUAAUCUGCAAGGGGUAUAUCCUAUCACGGCAGAUAAAUGGAGCUAGGCUUUUGGUUACAUGACAUAAAAUAACUAUUUAAAUAAAAAGGAAAAAGAGUUAAGUAUCGAUGCUACGUAAGACAAAAGACGCCCUUGCGUAAUGUAAAAGAAUUUAUUUGCAUGGUAAAUGGCUCUGCAGAAGCUUCAACACCAUCCUUGAUUGGAUAUGGGGAGGGUGGGGGGUUAAUAUGCUAGAAAAUCACUUGGACGUGUCUAGGAGUGUAGCGUCCAUAUACGGUACGCACAUAGGCUGGUGGGUACAAUCUGGAAAAAAAAAUUGUCGUUGAAUCAGGAUGACUGAUCAAUUUUUUGCAUUCUAUUAAGUGUCUUUGUCCCCUCUGAACGGUAGACGUCUCCUGAUGACGUCACUGUUUUCCCCUUUUACCCCGUUAGCACUGAAACCUAGAGAGAUGGGUAAAAUAAUUAACUAACUACUGAAUUGUUAUUCAUAUUUAUUUGCUAAAAACUUCUCGCGGAAAACACCGGAAAUGGCAUUUUCGAGACCCUAAAUUUAAAACAUUUUUUGGGGAAGUACGCAACCAGACUCCCACAGUAAAGGCUCUCCAACUUUUCUUCCCGUGUGUACACCUUCAAAAUCUCAUGCUACGUCCCUGGUAUUGAUAGGUCGUUUCAAGUCGUUUGUAAACAAACUUCUUACAAAAUGAUGGUAGCUUCGUUGACAAAAUUCUUUUCCACGAGUAUCCUGUUUCUCUAAUUAUCAAUACUGAUAUCAUUUUUUUCGUUUCUUAGAUUGCUAUUGUUAUCACGGACGGGGAGCAGACAACAACUCGAGGACCUUAUACUCCGCUUUCAGAAGCCUCAAAGGGACUCAAGGACAAAAAGGUGAUAUUGUAUUCCCUUGGAAUCGGCAGAAACGUCAAUCAAGAUCAGCUGAAUGCAAUAGCCAGUUCAAAAAACAACGUCUUUACAGCUGCCAGUUUCUCAGACCUUACACCCGUAGCGCAGACCAUUGUCCAAAACUCAUGUCCAGGUAGGGCUUAG